UGUGUGUGUGUCAGAGUCAGAAAUAGAAAGCUGAAGAACCUCCAGCUCAGAUUGGAUGUGUGAUACUGUCCAAAACGCAUGUACCAUGUCCGAGGACCUGAAGGAGAAGCGCAGAAAACAAGCCCAGCCAAAGAGAAGUCAAGGUGACUGUUAUGAGCAACUCCAUACAGAAAGGGAAUUUUCAUCCAAAAUAGAAAGAGAUGAAGAGAGAAGAUCGAGGACCCCUCUUACCUUAACCUUCCCACCAACACUGAAAAGUGAAGCCAAUCUGGGUGUGGCGCCUGCAGAGAGACCAGAACUGAAAUCUUGUGGUCGCUGUGGAAAGGAUAAUAGCUUAACAGACAAUGGCUGCCAGAUUGACUCUUCUCUAAAUGCAUGUCACUGCCUAGAUAUUCCCCAGCAGGAUCUACAGAUUACACUGAAGAAUACAACAGAAAACAGAAAAUUUAAGUGUGUGGAAUGUGGAAAAGCAUUCAAGUUCAAACAUCAUUUAAAAGAACACUUUCGCAUACAUAGCGGAGAAAAACCCUAUGAAUGUUCCAAGUGCAAAAGAAGGUUUUCACACUCUGGAUCUUACAGCUCUCAUUUAAACAACAGGAAAUGCUUCCCUGCUAAAGAUAGUAAUUCCAUACCUCCUCCACUAAUGCAUUCAUGUUCCCUUCCUGGAGGACUUGACUUUGGACAAAAGUAUAGAGAUCAAGCCAAACUGCAACACUCCCAUAGUAAAAACUGGCUAAUGUACCAUCCAGUUGCUGAUCCUUUACCAGCCCCGCAUGUCACAUGGUGUAGCCAUGAUUUUAAUAUCACACCUGGAUCUCUUGAGAACAUCCCUUUUGACAUGGCUUUGAAUCCGCAGUUGGGAAAGGCUUCCGAUCUUUGGCAUUUUGGCAACGAUUGCUGGAGGAAUUUGCCACAAAUCCAUUCCAACAGGUGGCCAGAAGAUGAUGUUAGACAGUGGGGCUCUCAGGAAAUGGAUCACCAGAAUGCCGGUGUCUCUCAGUGUGCAAAGUAUCAACCAGAAACACUGCUUGCCAGGAGGCACUAUGAAACCGAACAAAACACAACUUCCUUAAUUCAGUACCAUAGAGACUACCCUACUGAAACUAUAGGAAAUGAUUUAGUAAUAAAUACAAAUGCUCCACCGAGAAAGCCCAGUACAGAGAGCUUAGAAACCGAAAAAGAACAUCAGGCAAAAAAAACUAAUGGAUGUGACCAGCCUUCAUCUCCUAAAUGUCCACAAAAGCUGUUAUCUCCUGCCAACAGGCUGGAAACAUCACAUCAUUGCCAUUCAAUGAUUCAGUACUGUAGUUCAGAACACAUCAAGUCAAAUUCUAUAAGAUCUGUUAAUGCACGCCCUGACAAUCCUCUAAAAGACACCCAGAUUGAGCCUCUGGACUUGUCUGUACCAAAAAUACAGGCCAAUCCACAUAAAAUAAAAUAUUUAAGUGAGGGACCUUUGAAACAAGCAAAUUAUACAUUGAGAAGUAAAAGUCCCAAGCCAGAUUUAUUUUCACAUUACAUUUUGCCACAGCAUGUGUCAAACAAUUUGCCAUGUACUUUGCCAGACGUACUACACAACUUCAUUCAGAAUCGUUAUCCAUUUCUACAUAUUAAUCAUAGUUUCAGUGGACUCUCAUUCUGCCCCUUUAUAAACUGCUUUUAUGGAACCCAACCAAAUAACUUGGGGAGGAGAAGUGAAGACUUCACAUCAAUGAAUAUCUCGGAGGAAGGGAAACAAACUGAAAGUGCACCACGGAAGAAGAGCAAGAAAGCUCAGAAUGGUUUAUAUGCCUGUGAUCAGUGUAAUAAGAGUUUUCAGAAAAGCAGCUCUCUUCUACGCCAUAAAUAUGAGCAUACAGGAAAUAGACCGCAUCAAUGUGAAGUUUGCAACAAGGCGUUCAAGCACAAGCAUCACCUCAUUGAGCAUAUUCGGCUACACUCAGGAGAAAAGCCAUAUUGUUGUGAUAAAUGUGGUAAGAGAUUCUCCCAUUCUGGGUCCUUCUCUCAGCAUAUGAAUCAUCGGUAUUCUUACUGCCAUAGAAACUCUACAGAUCUCCCAGAAAAUGGUGAAAUGACUUGGGGAAAUACAUCUAACCAGUCUGAAAAUUACCCAGUGUUGCCUUCUCUUGAGACACUGAGAAACAUGGUGCAGAGCUAAUGAGUGCCCAUAGGGUACUUAAAGAAAAGCACUACAAUUGCUCUCUAAGGAAGUGGACCAAUGGACACAUGAUUGCAGAAUCAGCAACAUGACCCAGUUUAAUUCGAACAAUUAAAAGGGUUGUUGAAUCUAGGGCAUUUAUGGCAUAUCGAUGACCGCUCCUUUCUCAAGGAUGGGGCCCCACAGAUGCAUGACUUGUUCUCCAUUCACUUUGUUCUUGAGAUAAUAGCAAGUCCCAGAUUGACCUGCUCCUAUUGGAUAUUUAUGACAUAUUCUAUCAAUAUGCCAUAUAUGUCCUAGAUGGAAAAACUCUUUUAAAGAAUACACAGUAUUACUUUUUCAAAAUAACCGGUCCAGAAAAAAAACAGGAUCUAUUUUUAAGGGUUUAUACACAAAUCACAUAUUAGAUCUUCUUGGUGAUAUGUCCUGUGUGUGCAAUAAUAAUAACAAAGAUGAUGACUACUAUUAAAAAAGUUGAUGUGCCUAUGUUCUGCAUAGGCUGAUGGAGUUUUCCCACAACAAGUACCGUCUGACUUGUUAUAUUCCAAUUGUUUGAAUUUAAGGGAAGAGGGAACCAUUAAUGUAAAACCUUGAAGGCUGGAAUCAAACAUAUAUAGAUUUUUUUUUAGGUCUGUUAGGUGUUUGAGUGGAUCCAAAAAGAAGAAAAGGUAUACGGAAAAAAAUAUGCUUCUUUUUUAUAUAUACCCUUGUGUUGGGACUUAAAAAGUGUACCAAAAACUGCUACAAAACUGUGCAGUAUAUGUGAUUCCAGAAUAACAUAGCCCCCCACCUUCUAUGUGAUAUUUAUAAUACUAGUGUCUUCUUAUAUGACAGACAGGUCUUUGGGCCCACUUAGGCAUCGGGGCUCAGAGGCAAUUGCUACUUCCACACCCUCUAUAGCUACACACCUGGCACUCUGCAUUGUUUUAGCAUACAUCGCACUCAUGCUGUUAUAAUCUGAACUAUGGUGUGCUAUAUGUAACAACCACUAUUCUCUAUGUAUGUAUGCAAAUGUCUGGUGCUAUUAAUGCUUAAAUAGGUAAAUAAUUGCCAUCUCUUUUACUCACAGCACUAGCUCUGGCUUAUUUUUAUAGUUAUGUUACUCAGUGGUACUAGUGUUACAUAAAGGUCCAGGAAAGUUUGAAGGAGUAUGUUGCACAAUAUUAGGAGAAAUUAUAUUAUACAUAAUACUACUGUAUGGCUUAAUAUAUUUUACCAAAAUACAGGGUUGCAAAUACAAAAUAUUGUAAUAACAUAUAAGAUUUUUUUCCCACUAACAAUGAACAUGACAUUUAGUCCAACACUAGAACUGAAAUCUAUAAAAAAAAAAAAACAUAAAAGGGGUUGUCUAAUGUAGAAAACCUAUUUUCAAAGGUCCUAUUCUAAAAAGCUUAGAGUGGGAUCCACCAUCCAAGACCUUAUAGUCAUAGUCUAGAGAAGGGAGGUGUCUCUCUCUGGCGUGAGAAAAAACAAUCUUACUGAAUUUCUCCCCAUCUACUUCUGGAUAGUCAUAAUUAACUAGAAAUCUUAGAAAAUUUGAAGAUGUUUUACCAUGUUCAUGGGAUUCUUUUGAAUAAGUGGGAGGAAACAUUCCCCAAUUUGGCCUGGGUGAUCUCCUUGGUAUUGGACAUUUCUACCUUGCUGUCCCCAAAGAAAUGUUUCUUGUUCCUGUAGGUGUAGAUAGACUAUUGCAUCCUGACUGGUAGAUUUAUCUCCAAUUAUGAAACACAGCAGGCACAAUAUCAAAGACGGCAACAGGAACAAUAUUGGGGGGAGGCAAUAGGUUAAUGGAAGUUAGAAAACAGUCUCUUCGUUUUUUAAAGAGGGGACCAACCUGUCCUUUGCUAUGUAUGUAUAUAUGUAUGUAUGUGUGUGUAUGUGUAUAUGUGUAUAUAUAUACACACACCUUAAUAUGGGUGCCUAAAUAUGUUCCUAUUACAGUUGAGUGAAACCAGCCUUAGUAGUAGGCAAUGCCCGUUCUUACAGUUCCCAUGAAAGCCAUUUCCAGAUUGGUCAUAUCAUCCCAGUAAAGACCUAGCAGUUUUAUAAAUUGGAUUACACACAAAGUGGUAAAUGACUGCAAAACUGUUUUAAUAUUUUUUGCAUCUAAGAUUUUAAUAUUUACAUUAUUUACAUAUUUUAUAUCAUAUUGAAUAUUUCUGUUUCUUACAUAUGUAUUUGAAAAUGUACCAGCAGAAAUUAUAUGUACUAUGUGCAUGUCAAUUUCUAGAUAUAUUAUGACUUGCUAUCUGUCAAAUGAAAGAUGCACCUGUUCGAAAAAGUAAAAUACAUGUUAUUUUUGUACCUUCCAUAGCUGUACAGAGUUCAACUAUUUUCUUAUGUAUUGUAGAAAUAUGUACUUCUAUUCACCAAUAAUGACAAUAAAACAACUAUAUAUAUAUAUAUAUAUAUAUAACAGGAAACACAUUGUCACAUGAUAUUGUGCUACCAUAGACUGUAUUCUAUCCUGAGGUGUAAAUUGUCAUAUAAAUAGAUUAUUCUGUAUGAUUAACAACUAUACUCAGUAUGCUAAUAAACAUUUUAGUCUCUAAACGGGGUGAUUUUAUUGUGUAGCCUGAUUGGCAAGAGAAGUACAAUUUGCCAUUAAGCCUCACUCACAUACUAGUAAAGGUGAAAUACAGCUGGGUUAGGGUACUUUCACACCAGCGGCAAGGAACUCCAGCAGGCUGUUCCGGCGGGUGAACAGCCUGUCGGAUCCGUGCUGCCGCUAGUGCACGUGUGCCCCCGGACUAUCGCUCCGGCCCCAUUGACUAUAAUGAAGGCGGGACAGAGUUCCGGAGGCAGCACAGCAAACAUGCCGAGAGGCGACCAGAAUAAAACUAUGACCUGUAGUCAAUGGGGCCGGAGUGGUAGUCCGGGGGGAGGCGUGCACUAGCGCCAGCAUACAUCCGACAGGCUGUUCACCCGCCGGAACAGCCUGCCGAAGUUCCUUGCCGCUAGUGUUAAACUAGCCUAAUACAGUUGUUGAUUUAUGACAUUAAUUUCUUUUGUAUUUUCAUCCAUGUUUAUUUCAUAUUAAAAUAAUAUGCUAUAUAUUAAGCACUCUUGCAGAAUGUGAAAAUAUAGUACUAAUAUGGACAACCAUAUACCUGGACAGAUUUACCAAGGGUGUGGCCACACGGUCAGAUUUCCGGAUGCAGGUCUUAAAAGGAGUGACUAAAAAAAACCCUAGAGAAGUCAUAUCUGUCCUUCACACUUUCUCUCCUUUCACGAUCCACUACUGGUUUUAGCUUCCAAAACUGUAUGCAGAAACCUGACAGUCUAGGCCAGUGAUGGCUAACCUUGGCACUCCAGCUGUGGUAAAACUACAACUCCCAAGAUGCCCCCCUUGCUUGGCUGCUCUCAGAGCUCUGUAGAAAUAAAUGGAGCAUGCUGGGAGUCGUAGUUUCACCACAGCUGGAGUGCCAAGGUUAGCCAUCACUGGUCUAGGCGUAUCCUAAGGCCGCUUUCAGACGAGCGUAUUUGCAAUGCAUAUAUAGUCUGGAUUUAGUGUACCAGAAUCCGCUGCUAAUGUUAAUGAAUGGAGCUAUUCACAUGGGCGUAUAAUUUCCGCCAGUAUUUGAAAUCCGCAACAUGUCCAAGUUUUGUGCAGAUUUGUUUCCAAAAAUACACAUUACAGUCUGUGCAGUGCAUAAAUAAUGAAGAAAGAAAUCCGCAUGUAAAUCCUGAUGACAAUACUGAUGGUAUAUCAUCAGGAUCCGGAGCCAGAAUACUGACGGAUUUCAAUACACUUGUCUAAAAGCGGCCUAAAGCCUCAUUCACACGUCAGUGUUUGCUCAGUUAUUUUCAUCAGUGAUUUUCAGCCAAAACCAGGUGCAGCUCUAAACACAGAACAGGUGCAGAUCUUUCCAUUAUACCUUAUGUCUGUGGAGGCUCCAAUCCUGGUUUUGGCUCAUGAUCACUGAUGGAAAUCACUGACUGGUGGUUCCUACUCUAGUCUCAGUCUAAAGUCCUUAGAAGUGAAAUGCGCUGAAUUUAUUAAGUCUCACGCCUCUUAAAAAAUUUGGCACAUCAAGAAAAUUAAAUGUAUUACAGUUUUACGCCAGUUUGUUUUGAAAAGGGGAGAGAAGUGUAAAAAAUAGACAGCUUUGUGAAUGGUUACAUUUACUAAAAAAAAAAAAAGGGGAGGGCAUACAGAUGAGAUUUACACAACAAAAAUAUUGUACCAGUGAAAAGCAAUUUAUUGGUUAAAGCCAGCAAUUAAAAAUCUGCACAAAUAUAAACAUGGUGAUAAGUAACCCAUAAAAAGAGUACACGCAGGGCUGGGGAUAUACAAAUAAUAGCAGGCUGGGUUAGACUGAUAAUGCGAAUACAUACAGGAGCCCCCUGAGGAAGCCGUAUGCAUAGGGCAGGGUUUGGCUAGAACAUGUGGAGACUGCUUUUUAUACAUUUUGUGAACUUGUGGUAAAGGAUCGUUGCUCUGUCUGAUUUACUAUAUAUCUAGAUUCAUUGAUACAUAUUUGUGUCAUACCCUUAAUAUUCCUUUGCUGUAUUUGCAUUAUCAGUGUAACCCACUCUGGGCUCUGCUAUUAUUUGUAUAUGCCCCUCUGUGUAUGGAACCUUAUUAUAGGUUACCACCAUGUUUGUGUUUUUGUCUGUGCAGAUUUUUAAUUAUUGUCCAUAACUAGGGUUGAGAGAAUCGAAGUAUCAGAAGUGGACAUCGAUCUGAAUUUCAGGGAAAAUUUGAUUCACCGCAAAUCCUAAAUUUCCUCAUGCUCCGUGGUAAUGAAUCAAUUAGGCUACUUUCACACUAGCAUUGUAAGAAUCUGGCAGGCAGUUCAAUUGCCGUAACUGCCUGCCAGAUCUAGCAAACAGUAUGCAAAUUGAUAUCCUUUUUUUCCGGAUUCAUUAGAUGGAUCCGGUGAAAUACUGCAUCCGGAAUAACAGAUCCGGUAUUGAAAUUUUUUCAAAGAUCAAAAGCGAAGCCAGCUCUUCCUAUAUCCCGGCGCAUACACAGACCGGAAAACCGGAUGCAGCGACGCUACAAUUUCCGGAACACUUGGUACCAGAUCCAGCAUUAAUACAUCUCUAUGGAAAUUAAUGCCGUAUUAUUAGUGCGGUAUUGUUACGGGAUUUUGGCAGGAAAAAUGACGUACAAAGGACGGAACGGAAGACAUCCUGAUGCAUACUGAACUGAUUGCUUUCCAUUCAGAAUGCAUUAGGACAAAACUGAUGCGUUUUUUUCCGGUAUUGAGACCCAUUACCGGAUUUUAUUACCAGAAAAGAAUAACGCUAGUGUGAAAGUACCCUUAUACUCGCCUCAUCCAUUUGCAUGUGAAGAGGCCGCUGUGGCAAUCUUGAAUAAAGAGCGCCCGCGAGAUUUCAGCGUAAAGACGUCAUCACACAACAUUUCUCACACUGUGUUCAAUCAAGAUGGCCGCUGCAGGAUUAACCACUGAAAGCCCUCAAUGUUCACGGCAUCUGAGGGUUUUAUCGAAGGUGGGCCGUGCAAUCGCCGCUCCCUGUGAUUGCGCCCGCUAAUUACAAAGAAAUGCACUUUGUGACAAAGUAAUUAGUCAUGAAGUGAAAUUUGGCAAAGCAGCGGAAUCAAAGUUUUGAUCACUAGUCAUAACCAAUAGUGUUUUUCAUUGGUACAAUAUUUUUAAUGUGCAAAUAUCAUCUUUACAUCUCCCCUUCUUUGUAUUUUGUAUCUGGUUGUUUAGGGACAUACACUCACUUCACAUUAACUAAUAUGAGCACACCUAGAUAUGGGCAUAAAUUGCUCCAAAAAGUGGUGCAAUUUGGCAUAUCCAAAUUUAGAGAAAGCCUCUGUGCCUUGUCCAAAAAUGUAGGUGGCUUAACAGGAAAGGGAGUGGCUGUUUUGUACAUUACUUUUGGCCUGUGUGCCCACUUUCUUUUUUAGGGGCAUCACAAUUAGAAGCUUCCAAAUAUGAAACUAAUAUGGAGAUAAAUCAUAGGUUAAAUGUAGCUGCAGUCUACAGUUGCAAGAAAAAAUAUGUGAACCCUUUGGAAUUAUAUGGAUUUCUGC